AUGAACUUCAACGGCGGUUAUCAGCUUGAUACCAGUCUCCAUCACUUUCCAUGCAGGUUUGUGAUGGUUCUCUCCUUCGAGGCGCAAAACAGCGGAACGUUCGAAUGUUGAAUCGGUUGUUGAAUGACAUUCUUUGUUUUUUCUUUCUUUUUUAUGAGACUGUAAAAACUUGCUGACGACAUAAAAGGUCUGUGGCAGAAUAUUGCCUAUAAAAAGUUAUUUCAGCAAUAGAAAACGGGAUUUUUGCUUUCACUCCUUCUGGUCGUAUUCAGUUUUUUUUUUGCUGAAGCCCUCGAAAAAGUCGUUUAUGAAAGGAUAAAAAGUAUUUUUUCUAAUAAUGAGGUGUGAGAAUGAGACAUUUUCGAUGCGACCAAUAUCCCAGGAAGGCAAAGCCCACGAGAGAUCAAUUAUGGCGUCCUGUUUCUGAGAACGCGGCAAAGAGAAGAAAGAGGGUAGACGGAGUGUAAAGGCCUCCCAUUCUCCUAGGCUCCGAUGCAAUGAAAAAAAUCGAUGAGCGUGUCUCUCGCCUCAUGCGUCCGAGCUUUUUUUUUUUCGAAUGUGAGCUCUUUGUGAUUUCUCGUCGGCGUUCUUUCCUCUUCUUUUACUUUGUCUUUCCGACUUUUGUUGUUAUCUGAAGAUAGUUUUGAUUUCAUGAAUGAGACAGAAACGAACUAUCUUAUCAAUUUGGCGUCCUGUUUCAAAUCUCUUUGUCUUUUUCUUCUUCUAGCAACAAAGAAAGCUUUAGAGAAACAAGUAAUGAACAAUUAUUUGGUAAAGAAAAAUUACAACCUAUUUAUCAAAGUAAAAAAACAUUUAUGUUAUAAUAAUAAAAAAAUCGCUGCAAUAUAUUUUGUUUAAAAAAGGCAAAUUGGAUUUUUUUUUUUGGAUUAUUAUUCAAAAAGUACCGGACGUGCCUGUUGAUUCCCAUUUGAGUAAUUUUUUGAGAAAGUUGGGAGUAUCACCGCGAAAAGUUUUGUUUGACCCGUCGCGACGGUAUCGGUGUCUGCGCGCCAAAACGCAUAGUUCCUUUGCAGAGUUUUGUGCCUGAUUGGAGUUAGUGAUAAGCGGCGGCGUCUCGAUGAAUUGUAAUUUUCUGUUCUCAGCACCACGUCAAUCUAUCUUUUAUGAGUUUCCCAAAAAGGAAUUCUGCAAUCAUUGUUCGACUUUUGGCCUUAUUGUCUACAGUAUCCCAAAAAAAAAAAUGAAGAUAAGAGAAUUUUAUAGGUUUUUCGCCUGUAGUUUUGAAUCUCAUGUUUGUUUUGAUGUGCGACUUUUGUUUAUAUUUCAUUCGCUUUCCGAAACUGUUUAUCAAAUGAAGUAUUUUCAGCUCGGCAGCUCUGCUGUCUUCGGACACCACUGUCCAACAGCCCGUCCUGCGCAAAUCGUCUUCUGCCAUCGACUGGAACGGUGCAGUUGUUGAAGCAACUCGCAAGGCCUCUCAAGUGAGUCAUUUUACCUUCCUCUAUGGUGACUCAUUGCUCUGAGAACUUCAAUAUUCACCUAUUUCGUUGCAGCAACUCGAUUGGCACGGAGCUCUUUUCAACAACAACAGGAAAACCAGCUUCGCUCAGUUCGGCAAUCAACUACCAACCGUUGAAGACCAUCAGCAGGUGAAUGAUGUCAACGUUUUCGAAAGGCCUUUCGAUCAACUUUUAUGUAUGCUGUGGGAAUCUACAAUACAGAAAAUCAAAUUUAAAUGUCGGUUUGGGGAAAUGUUUCAAUUUAUCUCACGUUUUAUAUUCAAGACAGAACGAUAAAAAACGUCUGGUCUGUACAAAAGGCUUCUAUAUCAUGGCACCUAAACAUUUCUGACGCUUGUCGUUUCAGGGUGGUUUGGUUAUGAGCAGCAGCCCCGCCGACAACAACAAAGGAAUGUCCGUUGUUACCGCUCAAAUGCCGGCUCAGAAGACGCACCUCGCCCAGAACAUCGCCACGACGGCUGCCACUUCUCUCGAAGCGAGACCUGCUGAAACUCAUCAGGAACCUCACCGGGAACGCGUUAGUUUUCUUGAAAUGAUUUUUCCUACGAGAAAAAAAAACGGAAGAAUGCAUUCAUCAAUGAAAAGUCUAUUUUGUAGGGAGGAAUGCUCGGCGUGUUCCAACGUGGAUUCUUCUCAAGACCCAUUGUUCGUUCCGAAGAAGAGAACUACCGCUACAUCAUGGCUCUCGACCGCUGA